GGGGGGUUAGAGGGAAGGAGCGUUGAGCUAUGAGCUGCGCGUUGAGGACAGGCGCGCAUGCGCAUUUGUGCCAGUGAAUGAAUGGAGGAGAGGCUCUGUCUGUGUGGCGGGAGGAUUAAACAGACUGCCAUUAGAAGUGAGCAUGAGGCGGUCGGCAGCUCCAAGUCAAGUGCUUGGGAAUUCAGCCAAAAAGCCGAGGUUUACGUCACCAGCAAGAAACAAUAUUGUCUCAUUGAAGAAUGAAUCUGAAAACUUGGACCCAGAAGCUCAAACAGCAGAGGUGGACCAAGAAAAACAGAGUGGAUCAACACCCAUCAACAUUUGCUCUGCAGUGGCUUUGAUGUCUCAAGCAAAACUUUCCUCUAAAAUUGAUAAAGAGGAGAACCGGCAUUUGGAAACUGGUAUGAAACCAGCAUAUACAACUAAAAUAGUGCUACCUUGGAAAAGGAAACAGUUGCUACUACAAGCUCACCACAGCCAAUCUUGGAACACCAUCCUGCUGCUAUCACACUGGAGCUGGAUCAAGAGGAAGAAGAUUGUGGUGUAUUCAAUUGCAAAUCAACCAAACAGCUAUUAUGACAUCCAGUUCUAUCUCUGCCCACUUCAGAUACAGAAGGAUCCCAUCGAGAAAACAGAUCAGGAAACUCCAGAGACAACAGAAAUAUCAGAGCUAAGUUGCUGUACAAAAUUUUUCAGUGUUGUAUGGUGCAAGGCCUCAAAGAAGAAACAUAAGAAGUGGGAAGGUGAUGCUGUUCUUAUUGUGAAGGGCAGGUCCGUGACCUUGAAGGAUCUGGAAGGCAAGGACAUUGGAAGAGGCAGUGGAUACAAAGCCAAAAACUUGGAAAAUCUUGAUGAAGGUCAAACUCUGAUAAUUGGAAGCAAAGAAAUCGAAGUGAUGGGAAUCAUUCCCGAAGAGGACUUUAGAAGUGGCAGGUGUUUUCAGUCUGGUGUAGGGGGUACAGAGGAUGUUUGGAAGUCAUCACAAGCUUCUGUGAAGCCAUUCAAUAACCCAUUCAAAAAUGUCAGCCAAGGCAACAGUAAAGGAAAUUCACUCCAGAGCUCCCAGAACUAUAAACCGCGUCAUGAUCCAUGUGCGCCAAAUUGCCUUGUUAUGCCACACCCAUCUCCUCAACACCAACGGAUGUUCAAUAAGUCAGGCUUGCCUCUUGUGGAUGUUGUCGUGGACCCUUACCUUGUGAACCAUCUUCGUCCACAUCAGCGAGAAGGAGUUACAUUUCUUUAUGAAUGUGUGAUGGGAAUGAGAGUAAACAGUAGAUUUGGAGCUAUUCUUGCAGAUGAAAUGGGUUUAGGAAAAACCCUGCAGUGCAUUUCACUUGUCUGGACUCUCCUGCGUCAAGGGCCAUAUGGAUGCAAACCUGUAAUAAAACAUACACUAAUAGUUACUCCUGGAAGUGUGGUGAAGAACUGGGGGAAGGAAUUUCAGAAAUGGUUGGGAAAUGAAAGAAUUAAGGUGUUCCUAGUUGAUCAGGAUCACAAAGUGGAAGAGUUUGUCAACUCCCCCCUUUAUUCAGUCCUGAUCAUUAGUUAUGAGAUGCUUUUACGCUCUUUGGACCAAAUACAGAAGACAGAGUUCAGUCUGAUAAUAUGUGAUGAGGGACAUCGUUUGAAAAACAGUUCUAUUAAAACAACCAAUGCCCUUGUCAGCCUAUCUUGUGAGAGGAGAAUCAUUCUGACUGGCACACCAGUACAAAAUGAUCUACAAGAAUUUUAUGCAUUAAUAGAAUAUGUAAAUCCUGGAGUACUUGGUUCAUUAUCCGCAUAUAAAAAAGUGUUUGAGGAACCUAUUAUCAGAUCCCGAGAGCAUUCAGCUACCAAGGAAGAAAUUGAACUGGGAGAGAGACGGGCAGCAGAACUUACACGCCUGACAGGACUCUUCAUUCUUAGAAGGACCCAAGAUGUCAUAAACAAAUUCCUCCCUCCUAAAAAGGAGAGCAUACUUUUCUGCCGUCCAACAGUGUUGCAGCUGGAUCUCUACCGAAGAUUGCUGUGUUCUCAGGUUGUUAGAUCUUGCUUACAAGGCAGUCUGGAAAACAGCCCUCACUUAAUUUGCAUUGGAGCUUUAAAAAAACUUUGCAAUCACCCCUGCCUUUUAUUCAAAGCAAUAAAGGAGAAAGAAUGUGAUUCUUCUUGUGCUAAGCAAGAGAAACAGAAUCUCUAUGAAGGUUUGCUUGACAUUUCUCGAGAAUAUGCCCCAUCCUCUUUUUCUGAGACUGACUCCGGGAAAUUGAUUGUUCUGGUACAGCUGCUGGCAGCAAUUCAUGACCUCAGCCCUUCAGAAAGAGUUGUGGUGGUGUCAAAUUACACACAGACACUGAAUAUAUUACAAGAGGUGUGCAAACGUUAUGGAUACUCCUACACAAGACUUGACGGCAGCACUCCUGUUUCCCAGAGACAGCAGAUUGUUGAUGGUUUUAAUAAUAAAAUCUGCUCAGCUUUUAUCUUCCUGCUAAGUUCAAAGGCCGGUGGUGUAGGUCUGAACCUUGUUGGAGCGUCCCAUUUAAUCCUAUACGACAUUGAUUGGAAUCCAGCCACUGAUAUUCAGGCAAUGGCCAGAGUGUGGAGAGAUGGACAGAAGCAUACAGUGCAUAUUUAUAGACUGCUAACUACAGGCACAAUCGAAGAAAAAAUCUAUCAGAGGCAGAUCAGUAAGCAGGGUCUCUCUGGGGCAGUGGUAGACUUUUCAAAGGGAUCUGAACACAUCCGUUUUUCAGUUGAAGAACUUAGAAAUCUCUUUAUACUGCAUGAAGAUUCUAACUGCAUUACUCAUGAUCUUCUGGAAUGUAAAUGUAUGGGAAAGAAAGAUGAUCAAGGUCCUUCAGAAAAACAUUCCAUACAACAGGACUGCCAGCUUCUCCAAAGCAAUAUGAAAUCUCUUUCCAAAAAAAUCCUAUCUAUGUCACAGCUGAUGCAGUGGAAACACUUCUCUGCAGACCAUGGAAAUCUCCCUGAUCCCUUUCUGGAAAGAAUAAAAGAAAAUGUUACAUUUGUUUUCCAAAGUAUGACCAACUGAGGAUGCCUCCUGUACAGAGCAAAUUGAGUGUUCCACUUCCAUUCACCAGUAUCUCUGGUUUUGCUUUUUAGAAGCAGAAUGUAAUAAUAUGAUUACUUUUACUAUUACCAAUAAUAGGAUUAUUGGUGCAUUAUAAAGAGCAAAAAAUAAGUAUACAAUUGUAGAUUUUUAAAUCCUAAAAAUA